AAAAAAAACAUAAAAGAUGUCUGAUUAUAAUAACUAUAGUUUACUAAAAGAUACCUCAAAAGCAGUACCUCUCUAUCAUCAUGAACAAGUACCCUUUCAUUCAUUCUCACGUCAAUCGAUUUCCAGCAAUAGCAAUACUAAUUACAAUAAUUUAGUUUCACCAGUCAUGAACAAUAACAACCUGAAAGGAGGGGAACCAAACAUGGUUUCGGGAGACCUCCAAGAUAUCAUUUACAGUUAUCAAUCACAGCCUGAAUUAUUAAGGUUAAUAUUAUUAAGUAAACUGGAAGAGGAUAAGAGAAGAGCAGAAGAGGCAAAAUUAAGAGCCAAAGAAUUGGAUCUGUUAUUAAUUCAACAGCAACAACAACAGCAAAUGCUUACUUCGAACAAUAGCGAUACUAUGUCAGCUUACCCCACGAAUUCACCCUCCACAUUUCAACAACAGCAACAGCAACAACAACAACAACAACAACAACAACAGCAGCAGCAACAACAGCAGCAACAACAACAGCAACAACAACAGCAACCAUCUUUCAGUACGUCCAACUUUAAUAUGAAUCCUACACCACCCAUCAGUAGUAAUUCUUCUACGGACGGUGGUCGACCUAAUAAUUUCUCUCACAUGCGACGCACGAGCCUUGAUGCCAUCUUGGCUUCUCCCACACAUUGUGCUCCCAACCCUCUAUUACAACAACACAACCAUCGACGGGAUUCAACACUAGGUUCAUCCUUCACAGGCAGUGCUGAUUCUGAAGAAUUUGAUGACCGCACAUUUUCUCCCAUCCCCACAUCCACAACUACCCCGGUCUCCGCUUCCUCUCUGCUCCAAAUGGAAAGUUAUGGUUCUGCUGCCGCUGCUGCAGUGAUGUCGUCACUCCAAAAUAAGCAACACCCACUAUCACCAAGUGAUUAUCAAAUGGAAGAAGACUCGUAUACCAACUCAUUACAUCAUCAAUUGGACAGCAGAAUGGUUUCGUCUUCACCUUCCUCAUCAUCCGCUACUAAUAUCACAACGAAUGCUCGCUACGAUUUCCCACCAAGACCCCGUCGUAGAAGAGAAAUGCAGGCCAUUACGAAAAUUGUAGAGACUAGAGAAUAUCCCUAUGUCGACGGCUACUUUUGGAAAAACAAUGGUAACACCGUUCAAAAAAAGACUGGUAACAAGAGCGUGUAUUACAAAUGCUCCAACAGUAAUAAGGGUUGUCCAGUGAAUAAAACCGUCACUUGGAAAGAUCAAGGUGAAUAUCUCAUCAAGUAUCGUGGAGAGCAUUUAAUGGAUUGUAACAAGGUCCAAAGAAUUGUGGAUGUUUAAACAAUGUCCAGAACACACACUUUUUUAUUUAUGUACUAUAUGAACCUUCUUAUAUCUUUUUUUUUACACAAAAAAAAAAAACUCUUCUUAUGACCCCCACUACCACCACCCGCACCUCUUGUAAUAUUAUUUUCCUCUCUCACACAAUCUCCUCCCCCUUUCUUAAUAACUUCUUUCUGUAAUACCACCCUUGCUAUACGUUUUAUAUAUGAUUUUUUUGUGUAGUUUCCAAACCCAAACUGGAUUUGGGGUUUAGGCAGGCAAAAAAAUAAACACAUUUUUUUUUCUUUCU